UUGUGAUGCUGUCACAGGGUGCUUUUACAGAUGAUGCAACUGAGGAUCUGAGAGACCAAGUCACUUCUUCCACUCCAUGGUGUGCUAGGGAUUGACCCAGAAGAACCUCAGUGGCAGGCAAGCACUAUACUGCCCCAUACCCUCACUCACCUGCCUAUUUUUUCUGCUUCUGGAGAUGGAACCCAGGACUUCCCACAAGGAAACAAUGAAGGGAGACACCAGACACCUCAAUGAAGAGGAGGGCACCAGCGGGAGGGAUGACUCCAUUAUCAUCGUCAACGGGGCCUGCAGUGACCAGUCCUCCGACUCCAAGGACGCCCCCUCGCCCCCAAUCCUGGAGGCCAUCCGCACCCCGGAGAUCAGAGGUCGCAGAUCAAGCUCCCGACUGUCCAAGAGGGAGGUCUCCAGUCUGCUCAGUUACACUCAGGAUCUGACUGGCGACGGAGACGGGGACGGCAGAGGGGAAGAUGGAGAUGGCUCUGACACCCCAGUGAUGCCCAAACUCUUCCGUGAAACCAGGACUUUGUCGGAGAGCCCAGCAGUUCGAACCAGAAAUAACAGCACUGCUUCCAGCCGGGAGAGGUAUAAGCCCUCCCCACGUUCCACCCGAGGCCGGCAGGGCCGCAGUCACGUGGAUGAGACCCCCGUGGAGUUCCCGGCUACUAGGUCUCUGAGGCGGCGGGCAACUGCGUCUGCAGCCACACCGUGGUCAUCCCCUGCCAGCCCUUACCUCACCAUCGACCUCACAGAAGACGAUGUAACACCCCAGAGCAGCAGUACCCCUUACACCAGCCUAGCCCAGGACGGACAGCAGGACAGCUUGGAGGAGUCCUCACAGGUGGAUGCGGAGGGCGGAGACACAGAUAGUGUGGAGUAUCAGGAUGGUAAAGAAUUUGGCAUAGGGGACCUUGUAUGGGGAAAGAUCAAGGGCUUCUCUUGGUGGCCUGCCAUGGUGGUAUCCUGGAAGGCUACCUCGAAACGCCAGGCCAUGGCCGGCAUGCGAUGGGUGCAGUGGUUUGGCGAUGGCAAAUUCUCGGAGGUCUCCGCAGACAAACUGGUGGCUCUGGGGCUGUUUAGCCAGCAUUUUAACCUGGCGACCUACAACAAACUGGUUUCUUACAGGAAGGCCAUGUACCAUGCCCUAGAGAAAGCCAGGGUGCGAGCUGGCAAAAACUUUCCCAAUAGUCCUGGAGACUCACUGGAGGACCAGCUGAAGCCCAUGUUGGAGUGGGCCCAGGGGGGCUUCAAGCCUACCGGCAUUGAGGGUCUCAAACCCAACAACAAGCAACCAGUGGUUAAUAAGUCGAAGGUGCGUCGUGCAGGCAGUAGGAAAUUAGGAUCGAGGAAACACGAGAACAAGAGUCGAAGACGCACAUUUGAUGACUCUGCCACUUCGGACUACUGUCCCCCACCCAAACGCCUAAAAACCAAUUGCUAUAACAAUGGCAAAGACCGAGGAGAAGAAGAUCAGAGCCGAGAACAAAUGGCUUCUGAUGUCACCAACAAUAAGAGCAAUCUGGAAGAUAGCUGCUUGUCCUGUGGUAGGAAAAACCCUGUGUCUUUCCACCCACUCUUUGAGGGUGGGCUCUGCCAGACAUGCCGGGAUCGCUUCCUGGAGCUGUUCUACAUGUACGACGAUGAUGGCUAUCAGUCUUACUGCACUGUGUGCUGUGAGGGUCGUGAGCUGCUUCUCUGCAGCAACACAAGCUGCUGCCGGUGCUUCUGUGUGGAGUGUUUGGAGGUGCUGGUGGGUACAGGCACAGCAGCGGAAGCCAAGCUGCAGGAGCCCUGGAGCUGCUACAUGUGUCUCCCGCAGCGCUGCCAUGGUGUCUUAAGGCGCAGGAAGGACUGGAAUGUUCGCCUGCAGGCCUUCUUCACCAGUGAUGCGGACCUCGAUUACGAGGCCCCGAAGUUGUACCCAGCAAUUCCUGCAGCCCGAAGGCGGCCCAUUCGAGUCCUAUCACUGUUUGAUGGAAUUGCAACAGGGUACUUAGUGCUCAAAGAAUUGGGCAUUAAAGUGGAGAAGUACGUCGCAUCGGAGGUAUGUGAAGAGUCUAUCGCUGUUGGAACGGUGAAGCACGAGGGAAACAUCAAAUAUGUGAAUGAUGUCAGGAACAUCACAAAGAAAAAUAUUGAAGAGUGGGGCCCGUUUGACUUAGUGAUUGGUGGAAGCCCAUGCAAUGACCUCUCAAAUGUGAAUCCAGCCAGGAAAGGCCUUUAUGAGGGCACUGGCCGACUCUUCUUUGAGUUCUAUCACCUGCUGAAUUACUCACGCCCCAAAGAGGGGGAUGACCGGCCAUUCUUCUGGAUGUUUGAGAAUGUUGUAGCUAUGAAGGUUGGCGACAAAAGGGACAUCUCACGAUUCCUGGAGUGUAAUCCAGUGAUGAUCGAUGCUAUCAAGGUCUCUGCUGCUCACAGGGCCCGAUACUUCUGGGGGAACUUACCUGGGAUGAACAGGCCUGUGAUAGCAUCAAAGAAUGAUAAACUCGAGCUUCAGGACUGCUUGGAAUACAGUAGGACAGCAAAGUUAAAGAAAGUACAGACAAUAACCACCAAGUCGAACUCGAUCAGACAGGGGAAAAACCAACUUUUCCCUGUUGUCAUGAAUGGCAAAGAAGAUGUUUUGUGGUGCACUGAGCUCGAGAGGAUCUUCGGCUUUCCUGUACACUACACGGACGUGUCCAACAUGGGCCGUGGUGCCCGCCAGAAGCUGCUCGGGAGGUCCUGGAGUGUGCCCGUCAUCAGACACCUCUUCGCCCCCUUGAAGGACUACUUUGCAUGUGAAUAGCUCUGCCCAUGCCUGCUGGGGCACUGAGGGGCAGAGCGAGGGCCACAGAGGUUCCCUGAUCCUUGAAGGUGCUGCCCCCAGCUCUGCCCUUCCUCAGCUUAGCUGUGUCGGGUCUCACUGUACCUCAGUUUUCUCCUGCUCAGUCUGAGCAGAUACCUGACCCUCUCUUGCACAAUUCAGACCUGGCUGCUCAGAGUGGCCAAACAUGGUGCUCAUUUUUCUUCUCGUAAAACUUUAAAACUUGAAGUAGAUAGUAAAAUGUUUUUCUCCCCUCUCCUGGGUAUACCACUCAGAGAAAUGAUAGCUAAGAUACCAAAACUACAGUGCUGACAGCUCUCCAAGACUCAGGUUAAUGCUGCAAAAUAACCCGACAGUUACUGCAAACCUUUUUAGAAAUGUCUGCAACUCCAUGUUUACAGGUGCUUCCAGUUGUAGACACAUAGUUGAGGGACGUUUUAAAGGCCCAGGAUGUCGUUUUCUUGGGCUAGAGGAAGUGAUGUUUAUGUCUUUCUUGAAUUUUACCCAGCAUGUUUCCCUGCCUCUGUGCAAAGGGUUGGGGUCUACCUUUAGAGUAUUUCCCAUGAUGAUGAUGAUUUCAGCAGGAUGAUGUCAUCAUUACCACAUUCAGGGCUACUUUUCCCCACAAACCUAAGAGCAGUGUGGGCCACCCUUAGCUAAAUCUCUCCCCAUAAUUGCAAUAGAACCCUCCAAGGAACUCAGGAAAGGGUAGCUGAAUCUAUCUUACAAGCUGCCAUGUAUUAGGAGGGCAAGUUCUUCCCCUCACCAUAUCCGUCUUAUGUGAGAGAUCUGAAGGAGGGAAGAAAUUAGACAAGAGCCCCCCUCCCCCAAGAAAAGAUGUACCCGCUAUAGGCACAGGUCCUCUGACAAGAAGCCUGAUACCCUAAUCCCCUAAUCCAUCUUCUAGACUUAAGAAGCUCUGACAGUCAGAAGCAGAAGCACAUUUUUCACAUUGACCCUUCAUCUAAGAGAUGGUGGGAACUGCAAUAAAAAGCUUGAUCCUCCUUCCAGAGAUUUUAAAAUCCUUUUUUAUUCCAUUGUACAUCAUUUUUUAGGGCAACAGGAGGUCAAACAAGCUGCAUUUCAGAAAUGCUGUCCCAAUGGUUUUUUAACACCUUUUUACUCUUUUUGCUGGUGCUAUUUUGUAGAAUAAGGAACAACUUUGACAAGUUUGUGGGGCUUUAUAUACAGUUUUAAAAAAAUCUCAGACUUCUAUUUUUAUGUUAAGGUUUUCAUUAAAAUGUUUUCUGUAAGUGGAGCCACGUAACAAGUAUGGGGAGAAUACUGUGCCUUGUUUCAACAGUUUUUGCUAAUUUUUAGGCCAAACGAUGG